AUGAAGAAAGUUUUAGAUAUAAUGUCUCGAUAUGCUCGCUUUAAUUAUACAAUGCUUAUUCCUGCUGAUAAACAAUGGGGAACGCUUUUACCCAAUGGAAGUUUUACAGGAUUGAUUGGAAUGCUGAGUAGAAAUGAAACAGAUAUAGCUUUAGGCCCUCUUACUAUUACUUACGAAAGGCGAAGAGUUGCUAAUUUUUCUAAACUUUUUCAAAUGAUGCACCUUACUAUUUUGGGUGGCAACAUGAAAGAGUCGCGUGAGAAUGUUUUUGGAUACAUUCUCACCUUCGAUUGGAAAGUUUGGUUAUUAUUUCUUAUUUCUUUAAUUGCAACAAUAAUCGUUUCAAGCUUUAUGGAGUUUCUAUUAGAAUGCGGAAGUAAAAGAAUGAUCACCUUAAAAUCAAAACUGAUAAGAUACUUUUGGGCAUAUCUGGGUACUGCAUUUUGUGAAAGUAUGCCCACGGUUCCUACUUACAUUUCGGUUCGCAUAGUUUUAAUAAUAUGGUGGAUGGCUGUUAUAGUAUUAAUGAAUGGAUUCAGUAGUAACAUGAAAGCACAGAUGUUGCUUCGUCCUGAAUCUGAGAGGAUCGAUUCUGUUCAAGAUCUUAUCGACAGGCCUUACAUACGUCCUAUAAUAAUGAAAGGCACAGCUUAUGAGACAUAUCUCAAGAGUUCUAGUAGCGAGACCAUUCAGAAGCUGUGGGAAAUUAUAAAAAAGAAAAAUGGUCUUAUUUUCUCCUAUGAAAUGUAUUCUAAGGCAGUAUUGAAAGAAGUAGCAUUGGGAAAAUCUGUAUAUUUGGCUGAUCCAGUUAGUUUAAAAUAUUUCAUUGGAAAAAACUGUAAAGAUAUGGGUGGAGCAACCUUCUACUUUUCUAGAGAGACCUUCCAUCCUCAUACAUUUACCAUUGCUUACAGAAAAGAUCUUACUCAAGAUAUAGUAAAGUAUAUUAAUUUAGGAAUAAGCAAGCUUUUCGAGGGUGGGGUAUUUUACAAAAUGGCCGAUCGAAUAAAUCACGAAUUUAAUAAAUGUACCGAUGACGAAACUCAAAAAGGAGAAAAAACGUAG